UAUAAAAGGCCACGGCCAACCUGCCAGGCUGUGAAUGGAAGCUCCAGGGCAACACAAUGCUGCUCUCCUGGACCCUCGGCCUUCUUCUGCUGGCCACUGUCAGAGGUAAAGAAAUCUGCUAUGGACAUCUUGGCUGCUUUUCUAAUGAAAAACCAUGGGCAGAGACCCUUCAGCGGCCUAUAAAGUUAUUUCCCUGGGACCCUAAGGACAUCGACACCCGCUUUCUCCUGUACACGAAUGAAAAUCCGAACAACUACCAACUGAUCACUGCCACUGACCCAGCUACCAUUGAAGCUUCAAACUUCCAACUGGACCGCAAGACACGCUUCAUCAUCCACGGCUUCAUAGACAAGGGGGAGGAGAGCUGGCUGUCAGACAUGUGCAAGAAAAUGUUCCAAGUGGAAAAGAUAAACUGCAUCUGUGUGGACUGGAGACGCGGGGCCCGGACGAUGUACACCCAGGCGGUCAACAACAUCCGGGUGGUGGGGGCGGAGAUAGCCUUCCUCGUGCAAGUGCUGUCGACGGAGCUGGGGUACAGCCCGGAGGACGUGCACCUCAUCGGCCACAGUCUCGGUGCACACGCGGCCGCGGAGGCGGGCAGAAGGCUGGGGGGCCGCGUGGGCAGGAUCACAGGGCUGGAUCCAGCAGAGCCGUGCUUCCAGGGCACGCCUGAGGAGGUUCGACUGGACCCAUCUGAUGCCCUGUUUGUGGAUGUGAUCCACACAGAUGCUGCCCCCAUAAUCCCUUUCCUAGGGUUUGGAAUGAGCCAAAAGGUGGGCCACCUGGAUUUCUUUCCAAAUGGAGGGAAGCAAAUGCCUGGAUGUAAUAAAAAUAUCCUUUCAACCAUUGUUGACAUCAAUGGAAUAUGGGAAGGAACCCGCGACUUCGCAGCCUGCAAUCACUUACGAAGCUACAAGUAUUACUCAAGCAGUAUCCUCAGCCCAGAUGGCUUCCUGGGCUACCCCUGUAGCUCCUAUGAGAAGUUUCAAGAGAAUGGCUGUUUUCCUUGUCCAAGUGAAGGAUGCCCCAAAAUGGGGCACUAUGCUGACCAGUUUAAGGGGAAAACCAGUGCUGUGGGACAAACCUUUUUCCUAAACACAGGAGAGAGUGGUAACUUUACUAGUUGGCGAUAUAAGGUAUCAGUCACACUGGCUGGAAAAAAGAAAGUGAGUGGGUACAUCAGGAUCGCUUUGUACGGAAGUAAUGGAAACUCAAAACAAUAUGAGAUUUUCAAAGGAUCCCUCAAACCAGAUGCAAGUCACAUGCGUGACAUUGAUGUGGACCUCAAUGUUGGAAAAAUUGAGAAAGUUAAAUUCCUCUGGAACAAUCACGUGAUAAAUAUCCUCCAACCCAAACUGGGAGCUUCUCAAAUCACAGUGCAAAGUGGCGAAGAUGAGACUGAGUAUCGUUUUUGCAGCAGCGACACUGUGCGAGAAGAUGUUUUACAGUCUCUUUACCCUUGUUAAAAAUGUGUAUGGCUCUUGGGACCAGCAGUUAGUGUAAUGGCUACAUCGCUGGACUCCCAUGUAGUCGACCACAGUUCGAGUCCCGGAC